AUGGCAGCGCCGGGAGCGCGGGGCCCGCGCGGCGCCAGCUCCUCGCCCCCAGAAAGCGGCAGCAGCGGCUUGGAGCGUCCUCCCCCGGGACCAGGACGCUGCUCCGCGCCUCGCACCGUCUCCCCAGCCGCCCGCGCCAUCCCUCUGCUCGGACUCCGAGGUGGAAAAACUCAUGUCUGGAGCUUCGAUGGGGAGCAGGAGGAAGCGGGCGGGAAUCGGCCCAACGGAAAGCGCCUCGAGGCCACGGAAGGGGGGAGCGGUCGAGCGGGAAGACCAGCGGUCAGCCGCAGAGGCUGCGAGGAGGGGCCGCGCCACCGAGGGUUCGCGGGGACUCGCUCGCUCGCUGGCACUGCCGCGCGGAAGCAGCAGGCGGAGAGACUGUGCAGCUCGGCUGUGAGCGACCGACCUCCACGCGCGUCCCGGAGACACUGCCGCCGCCGCCGCCCCGCUCGCGCCGCACCCCCUCGCACGUCACCACGUGCGCCGCCGCAGUCGCCGCCGCCGCCAAUGUCUCCCGGCAGCUUCCGGCCCGAAGCCGUCAGCGAAUCACAAGCGAGCACGAGAAAGCUCCCGCUCGCGGCCCCGCCCACCGCUCGCCCAACCUCUCCUUCGCCGGCUUGGGUCCCUUCCUGCUCGGCUCAACUAGGUCAAGGCAAGGUAUCCUUGAAGUGUUGGAAGAAUGAAUGUCAGAAUCACAUUCUUUCAUGGCUCUUUCUGUCAAAUGGAUGUUUCCAGAUAAUGAAGAAAAUUAAGAGAAGCCUGUGAACUGAGUCAUCACAGCGAGGAUCAAGAUUCUUCAUGAGAGAUAAAAUGCGGG